AUGGCCGCUGAAGAGCAAGAGCAGGAUCCUGCAAUCUUUGAAGAGGUCUCAGUGAGCGUCAUUGAAGAAAUGGAGUUCCCUUUGGAUCCUUCUCUGCUUGCUCUCUCGGGAAAAGACGUGCAGCAGUAUUGCACCAUGCUGUCCUUGAUGGAAUUUCAGAACAUCAAGCCUGCAAUGUUCUUGAAAACACAGCAAGGCGAGAUGCCGCUCUCGCUGGUCACAGUUGUAGAAGAAUAUGAGGUUGGACCAUGGUCGUAUGAAGGCAACGAGUCAGUGCCGUUCGACCUCCCGCAGCAAGGAGGCCCAGGGCCACAGGUGCGAAUCCAGUAUGACUUUGUGCGCCACUCGGAAGGAGGCAUUCUCCAGGGAAACCCUUCCGGCUGUUUGACUCUUUCCAAGCCUGAACAGGGAACCGAUCUGCAGACAAGCGAGAAUGAGUCCGUGGCCUCUGGGGGAAAUCUCAGUAUGUGCUCUAUGACACAGCUGGAGCAUGGGCUGAGGGGAAAUUCAAAUACAGCUUUCCUGCAACAGGAAGGCUUUCGGCAGCCGAACGAGAUGGAUUUUACCGCAGAGCAAGGCUACGUAGGGCUGGCUCCUGAACAGAAUAAUACCCAAAACGUCAGUGAAUCAGAUCUGCUUCUAGGAAAUGAUUUGAGAACCGCAGGACUUUGUGAUAAUCAUGGUGCUGGGGAUGUCUCCAUCCACCAAGAAGCCCACCAAGGGGAGAGAAAUAAUUCCUGCAACAGUCGUGGGGAAAGUGUGAGCGAGCGACCGUCUUCUGUGGUUCCAGAGAGUUCUCAUGCCGGAGAGACGCUCUGUCCGUGUCCCAACUGUGGAAGAGUGCUCAGUCUGAAUGAGUACCAUGUUACCCACCCUGCCGGAGAGAAGUUGUACAACUGCUCCAGUUGUGGAUAUCUCUUCAGCUGCAACGCACCAGACAGUGCUGAAUGCCACCAGGUAACUCUUACGGAUGACUGGGAGAGACUCUUCUGCCGGCUGGACCUGAACCACCGUCCCAGUCCAACGGAGGAGGAAGCCAAGAAACGCUUCCACUGCCCCGACUGCGGGAAAGGCUUUGUCCACAAAUCCAGCAUCCCCAGGCACCAGAGGCUCCACCGAAAAGAAAACCUGUCCCAAAAUUCAGGGCAGGAGAAUAGCCGCAGCCCGGCCGGGAACCCGCUUGGCAGCCCCAAGGCCCAAUCCGAAAAGAAACCCCUUUCCCGUCCCGACGGCGGGUCGCGCCCAGCCGGCAACAACAAGGACCGGUUUGCCGCUCUGUGCGAGGUGUGCGGGCAAAGCUUCUCUCUCGCCUCCAAGUUCCAGAAGCACCUGGCCGCCCACUCCGAAGAGAGGCCCUUUUGCUGCUGCCAUUGCGGGAAAGCGUUCAGCGUCAAGUCCGUCCUGGUCAGGCACCUCCUGCUGCACCAGCCAGAGAAGCCCUUCCAGUGUCUCUACUGUGAGAAAGGCUACAUCCAGAAGUGCCACCUGAACCGGCAUUACCAGAUGAAUCACAGAAUGGACGAAGGAAGUGAAGAAGGUGUCGUCUUAAGUGUCGGGCUACCUCAGGCAGACGUUGUCCCCUCUGUUUAA